UUUUCGCUCCAAACACUUUGGCUUAAUCUGUCAUCGCGUCUCUGACUCUGUUCUCGCCUGAGUCUAACCAUCUUCACGGCCGACGCCGCUCCGAACUCUAAUCUCAGCCAGUCGUCGCCGUUCAUUCGUACUCCUUGGCCCCUCGCUGCUUCCAAAGUCGCACCACAGUUAGCCUCCGCGCUCCUCACUGCUCCAACAUUUGAUUUAUUCAUCGUUACAACAAAAAGAUGGCUUACACUGUUGUUGGUUCACUCACCCAAACCAUACCUCGAAUCCUGAGUCAAGAUGAACAAUACUAUCCCAUUUCGGAUGAAGGAAAGCAACUGAUCGAUUCUCUCAGCAAUAAAGUAGCUCUUCUCCGAGGCUUCCUCGAUGGGUCCAAAAAGGAAAAGGCUUCUAAAGAGGAAGCUGAAGAGGAAGGCAUGAGCUUGGAAACGAGAAUCAGGGAGGCCGCAAAUCGAGCUGAAGAUAUUAUGGAGCACUUCAUGUACGAGCAUCUCAAGGUGGUCAGAUCGAAGGCAGUAGUUGAACGUACAGAUAUUCUGUAUGAUUUUCGUGAGCUCCAAAUUGUGUUGAAGGAGAUCAACUCCAUCGCUGAAGAGGUGGAGCGCAUCCAACCAGAAAUAAGUGGCCACCCAACAAUCCUAUUGUCAGAGACAGAAGCGCCCAUCAUUGAUACUGUCACGGUUGGCCUUGAGAAGCACGUGGAGGAUAUAAGAGGUCUCCUCUGCAGAGGACCACUUGCACGCCAGAUCAUCCCAAUCACGGGGAUGGGCGGCAUUGGGAAGACUACUCUUGCCAGAACUGUUUAUGACAAUGACAAAAUUGUCAAUAAUUUCAGCGUUCAUGCUUGGAUCGUUGUGUCCCAGAAUUACAAAAUCGAAAAUGUUUUUAAAGAGCUCGCAAGUUCCUUGGAGACGCAAGUCGAAAAAGGAGUUGUGAGCGAUGGUGACACGGUGGAAGACAAAUUGCACAGAAUCUUGACGUUGAAGAAGUACCUGAUAGUGGUGGAUGAUCUGUGGAGUAAAAAGGCUUGGGACGAUGUAAGGAAGGGAUUUGGCGACCCGAACAAGCUUGAUGGGAGUCGGAUUAUCAUAACCACAAGGGAUGAGGAUGUGGCUUCUCAUGCCUGCCCUAACAAGGAUCCUCUCAAGAUGGCUCUCAUGGAUGAGGAUUUAAGUUUUUCUUUACUCAAGCAAAAGGUUUUUCCAAACACAGAACUCAAACCUGAGAUGAACGAGAUUGCAUGGGAUGUCGCAAAGAAUUGUGGAGGACUUCCUCUUGCGAUCGUGCUUAUUGCAGGUAUCCUGUUCACGGCAGAGAGGACUGUGAUCUCAUGGGGGAAAAUUGCAGAAGAUGUAAAAGAUGCUGUUGAGAAGGACGAUAAGUUCGGGCAGCGUAUUGCCUUGAGUUAUACUCAUUUACCUCUUCUGUUGAGGCCUUGUUUCUUAUACAUGGGUGGCUUUCCAGAAGAUCAUGAGAUCCGAAUUAGCAAGAUUUUCAAGUUAUGGAUAGCAGAAGGAUUCGUAAAAGAUGAAAAUGAGGCUGAAGGUUAUUUGAACAGUCUUGUUAGAAGAAAUAUGCCUACGAUCACGGCCUUCAAAUCCAAUGGCAAAUUCAAAACCUGCAACAUACACGAUCUGGUACGUGAAAUGUCCAAAUCAAAGGCGAUAGAUGAGAAUUAUGAACGGCGGAUGAGUAUUGGACAUCCAGAUCUGACGGGCCUUGCUAGAGGUUACGCCUCAACGCUGCGUUCUGUUAUAUGCUUCCAACCUAAUGAUAGCUCAUUGCGCAGUCUGCGAAAGUUCAAAUUGCUGAGGGUGUUGGAUGUGGUGGAUACGGAUGCCUACUCCCUCCCUACUACUGUGUUCGACCUCUUUCACUUGAGGUACCUUGCUUUUGGAUGUCCAAUGGAGGUUCCAUCAGCGAUAUCUAGACUUCAGAAUCUUCGCACUUUAAUUAUCCGUCCCACCAAGAGAUCAAGGAAAUACUCAACAGAUGAGGUAUGUCUACCUUUAGAAAUAUGGAUGAUGCCACUUUUGACGCAUCUUGUAUCCUUUUUCGAUCUUUUGCCAAAUCCAGAAGGAGCAGCUUCUGCUCUAAAGGAGCUGCUAACACUGUCCGUGGUGAAGAAGCUGAUAUGCACUAAAGAGAUGAUGAAAUUGAUUUGGAAUGUGAAAAAGCUGGCUAUCACUUAUUUUGGAGACAAAUAUCAAGAAGACUAUCAGCUUAAGAAUCUUGUUAUCCUGUCUCAACUUGAGAAGCUGACACUAUUUGUGAUGAAAGGUUCUCUUCUACAGGUAAAAGCUAAGCCUGUUUUCCCAGAGACACUGAAAAAGUUAACCUUGAGUGGUUGGAGAUUUCCUUGGGAAGAUAUGAAAGCUAUUGCAGCUCUGCCCCAACUUCAAGUGCUCAAACUGAGAGAUCAUGCCUUUGAGGGCGAUACAUGGGACACUAACGAAGAGUGUGGUGAUGAGGAUUAUGAAGAAGCUGAAGUAAACCUGUUCCUUGAACUGAAAUACUUGCUAAUUGAGGAAUCUGAUUUGGAGAAUUGGGUUACAGAAAAACGUCACUUCCCAGCACUGGAGCGCCUAGUGCUCAAAGGUUGUGGUAAGUUGAAUGAGAUUCCGAAUGACAUUGGAGACAUAUCAGGACUUAAACUGAUUGAGGUUGAUCGUUUCAACGAACCUCUUCUCAAAUGUGUCUAUGAGAUUCAGAAGGAACAGGAUGGAUAUGCCAGAGUCCUUAGAGUUAGACAAUUAUAAGGUUAGCAUAAUUUCAAGAUGUUUGUCUUUUUAAUGUGUGCUACCUUUCAGGGUAUUAGCAAGAGCUGAGAUGAGUUGGAUUUGAUGAUAUUCCACAUUCCAAAUCAAGGUUGCAAGGGUUCUGGGAUGUUGGAGAAACAUCAGCACCCUUGCUAAAACUUUAUUUUACAAUCUGUUUUGAACCCCUUUUUAUUCCGUAUAUUGUUUUUCUUUUUUAUUUAUAUGAAUGUAUUUGCUGAUAUGAA